UGAAAGCACACUUUCCUCUUUCCGUAUCGGCUGUAUCAGUAACCAGAAAGAAAUACCCAGACCACAAUUCACAAAGUCUUCUCAGUGUAAUCCUUCACAGUUCUGUGAGAGAACCAUGUACAACGCCAUAUCCGAAAAACCUCAAUCCAUCGACUUCUACAAAGAAGAAGAUGAAGACGACCCCCAAAAUCACCAAAACAUGAUCAUCGAAGUCUCAUCCAAUAACAAUCUGCCACCUCACCACCACCAAAUUCUCGUCGCCGACAACAGCAGCGGCGGCGAUGAAGACAAUCCAGAGCUCAAAGUCCCCAAAAAACGAGCCGAGACUUGGGUGCAAGAAGAGACCCGAACUCUGGUCGGCCUUCGUCGCGAAAUCGACUCUUUGUUCAACACUUCCAAGUCCAACAAGCAUUUGUGGGAGCAAAUAUCGGGUAAGAUGAGAGAGAAAGGGUUUGAUCGGUCGCCCACCAUGUGUACGGACAAGUGGAGGAACUUGUUGAAGGAGUUCAAGAAGGUGAAGCAACAGCAGGGCCAAAAUGGGAGUAACGGGUCGGCAAAGAUGUCGUGUUAUAAGGAUAUUGAGGAGAUUCUGAGAGAGAGGAGUAAGAGUUUGAAUGGUGGGUCGGGGAACUAUAACACUAAGAAUUCGGUGAAUUCCAAGGUCGAUUCUUAUCUGCAAUUCUCCGAUAAAGGACUUGACGAUUCCAAUAUUACAUUUGGACCUGUGGAAGCUAAUGGCAGGCCAACUCUCAAUCUAGAAAGACGUUUGGAUCAUGAUGGGCUUCCUCUUGCCAUCACUGCAGCUGAUGCUGUGGCAGCCGGUGGAGUUUCUCCUUGGAAUUGGAGAGAGACUCCUGGAAACGGUGAUCAAAGCAACUCGUAUAACGGGAGGGUCAUAUCAGUCAAGUUAGGGGAGUAUACAAGAAGAAUAGGAAUCGAUGGCACUGCGGAUGCCAUCAAAGAAGCAAUCAAAUCUGCUUUUAGGUUGAGAACAAAACGUGCUUUUUGGCUGGAAGAUGAAGAAAAUGUGGUUCGGACUCUUGACAGGGAUAUGCCUUUGGGAAACUACACUCUUCAUGUGGAUGAAGGCCUGACAAUAAAAGUUUGCUUGUACGAGGAGCCUGAUCACAUGCCAGUUCACUCCGAGGACAAGACAUUCUACACUGAAGAUGAUUUCCGUGACUUUCUGUCUCGCCGGGGCUGGACAUGUCUGAGAGAGUAUAAUGGUUACAGGGACAUUGAUAACAUGGACGAGCUUUGCCUUGGUGGAGUCUAUCGUGGCAUUAGUUAAGAGCAGAAGCGCAAUAUAUAUUUGCCUUGUUCAGCUUCUUAUGUGACCAAGUUAUAUUUUGCUGCCUUCAUUGUGAUAGAAGUGCCUUAAUAAUCUUAUACAGUUUUGCUGAAAUGUGAAUAUCUGCCGUUGGAUGUUUUAUGAUAUUAUAUGAUAUCAUGAUAUGGAUUGGGGUUUUGUUUUGUACAAGUUACAUAACUACAUAGCCCCUUUUUUGUGAUAUGGUGUGAUACUUUGAUAUUUUUUGCUUGAGUGGUUUUUUUAAAUGAAG